GGCUUCAGUGCCCCUGUGAAUCUUCUUUCAGUAGGAAUGCGCUCUGUGUCUGUAGCUUUUGAGUAGGAGAAACCGAAUAGCACUGUUUGCGUAUUGGCUGUGCCUCAUUUAUGCAGACCUUGACAUGUUGAUUUCUGAAACUGCUUCCUGGCCGGCUUUUCAAGUUCAGCCUCACUUGCAGGUCGCAUCUGUUUCUGUGUCUCCAAGUUAUUCUUACUUCUUCUUAUGUGUUCUUACCACCUAAAGCUUUUGGAUUGGAGCAAGGGGAUAAGAAUCACCAGCAAAUUGAAAAGUGCAAAGCUGCAAGAUGUCGGGCCGAAGCGGGAAGAAGAAAAUGUCCAAGCUCUCGCGUUCCAGCAGGGCAGGUGUUAUUUUUCCUGUGGGGAGGAUGAUGCGCUACUUAAAGAAAGGGACAUACAAAUACCGGAUAGGUGUUGGAGCACCAGUUUACAUGGCAGCCGUCAUAGAGUACCUAGCAGCUGAAAUUCUAGAACUAGCAGGAAAUGCAGCACGAGACAACAAGAAAGGGAGAAUUGCCCCCAGACACAUCCUCCUGGCUGUUGCUAAUGAUGAGGAACUGAAUCAGUUGCUGAAAGGUGUGACUAUCGCAAGUGGAGGUGUCCUGCCCAGAAUUCAGCCAGAGCUUCUAGCCAAGAAACGAGGUGCCAAAGGCAAGUCUGAGACUAUCCUCUCCCCUGCUCCCGAGAAGAAAGGAAGGAAAUCCGUGGUGAACAAAAAGAGUGGGAAGAAGGCAAAGUCUACCAAAGCCCGGACACCCAAAAAGAACAAACAAAAGGACAAUGAAAAAGAAGGAACUUCAAAUUCAGCAUCUGAAGAUGGACCUGGGGAUGGUUUCACUAUCUUGUCCUCCAAGAGCCUUGUGCCUGGACAAAAGCUUUCUCUGACACAGAGUGACAUCAGCCAUAUUGGCUCCAUGAAAGUAGAAGGCAUCGUUCACCCUACAACUGCUGAAAUAGACCUCAAGGAGGAAAUAGGCAAGGCUUUGGAAAAGGCAGGAGGGAAAGAGUUUUUAGAAACGGUGAAAGAGCUUCGCAAAUCUCAAGGACCUUUGGAAGUUGCUGAAGCUGCACUUACUCAGUCUAGCGGCCUUGCAGCAAAGUUUGUCAUCCACUGUCACAUCCCACAGUGGGGCUCAGACAAGUGUGAAGAGCAGCUUGAAGAGACCGUAAAGAACUGCUUAACAGCCGCAGAAGACAAGAAGUUGAAAUCUGUGGCUUUCCCCCCGUUUCCCAGUGGCAGAAACUGCUUCCCAAAACAGACGGCAGCCCAGGUGACUCUAAGAGCUAUUUCCACCCAUUUUGAUGGCACCAGCUCUUCCUCCUUGAAGAACAUUUACUUUCUUCUCUUCGACAGUGAAAGUAUUGGCAUCUAUGUGCAAGAAAUGGCCAAACUAGACACUAAGUAGCA